AUCAAAAACCACGGUCUCCCUCACUAUCGUACUCUCUCUCGUUAUCACUGCUGAUAAUGCUAGCUUCGCAAUCUUAUCUUCCGAACAUCGUUCAUGUAAAAGGAUGGAAACCUUCUAUAUAUAAGCCGAGCAAUUUCAAUGUCUCUGAAAGAUCAAGUUUUCCAACCAAGAGAGCUGCAGAUGGUCGAUCUCAAAACUUGCAAUGUAGUGCCGGCACUGUAUUCUCAACGUUGGAUGCGGUGGUGACUUCAUCGAUGGCCUCUUCCAACUCAAAUGCAGUUUCCAAUACUCUAAAGCAGGCCACAACAGAAAUAACACAUGCACUUCCUCUUACAAACUUCAACUUGACGUUGGCUCUUGCAGAUUUGGAUCCUGCCACUGCAAAGCUAGCAAUUGGGUUUUUAGGUCCCUUUCUGUCAGUGUUUGGAUUUCUGUUUAUCUUGAGAAUAGUCAUGUCCUGGUAUCCCAAGCUUCCUGUGGGAAAGUUCCCAUAUGUUAUAGCUUAUGCUCCCACAGAACCACUUCUUGUUCAGACCCGCAAAGUGAUCCCUCCGCUCGCUGGUGUGGACGUGACUCCAGUGGUUUGGUUUGGUUUACUCAGUUUUCUUAAUGAGAUAUUGGUGGGACCUCAAGGGCUGCUUGUUCUUCUUUCUCAGCAAGUCAAUUAGAUUACAUAUGUGGGAUUUGGGUGCAUGAUCAGAAUGUGUUCCAUCGUUCCUUUGGGCACAUCCGAUGAAAUUGGAACGAUUUGGAGAUUGUAGCCAUUACAUUCUUGUCAAUGGAUGUAUAUGAGUAUACAAAUUUGGUCACUUUGUUGUGCUAGUGGCUUCAGUAGGUACGUGGAUAAUGAGAUGGUUGAGAACAGACUACAGAGGAAUCAAAAUCUUGUACUUCUAGAUCAGAUCUUAUGAUUCAAGAAAUCAACAGAGUCAAUGGUUGAAUCAACAUCAACAAUUGUUCUGGAUCGUGUAAUUCGCAAUUCAAAUGUUAUGAUUUGUAACAAGUACUGAAGUUAAUGAUAUAAACCGAUUACUGAAUUAAUUGUAAACUAUGCAUAUCAAGUUAAUAUGCCGUAAUAGAAUGACUUUGUGAUGUAGAAA